AGCAGAGAGUGAAAGUUAUUAGUGUGUGUGUGUGAGUCUGGGUGACGUGUUGAUUGUCAUCAACUGCUGUGUGUGUGCUUUAUUUACCACACUGACAUCAGCAAUCGAGCUGAGAGAGAGACAGAAACGAACUCUGAAACUGAUUUAACGAGCAAAAAAGGGGAAAUAACUGGCUGGCAUAACAGUGACAGUUUUUAUUCCCAUCUUUCUCUUGGACUGAGCAGCGAAUCAACACUACCAUGAACAUCAUGCGGUUCCCUUCGGUCUACUCUGCGAUCGGCAUCCCCGUCGCUCUGCUUUUAGUAAUUGCUCACUUUGCAGAGGGAACCGGGACUACUUUCUGCAACUGUCGAGGAUACCGUUGUGGUACUCCAAACCGCGAAGGCCGAGUUGUAGGAGGGAGGAUGACCCAGAGGAACCAAUACCCAUGGCUUGUGUCGCUCUCCUACCGAGGAAAACUCUACUGCGGAGCUUCCCUCGUCAAUGACAGGUUCCUCGUCACUGCUGCUCACUGCAUAAAGAGAGUAAAUAAAGCCCGCGUGGAGAUCCUGCUGGGAAGUUACAACAAGAGCGAUGCCUCCGAAGUAUCCAGGAAGGUCCGGAGGGUGAAGGAAUGGUGGGCCCAUGAAACAUUCGACCGCAGGUCCUUCGUCAACGACGUUGGCGUCAUCGAGUUGAAUGAGCCCGUCGAAUUCGACAGACAUAUCCGACCUGUUUGCUUGCCCUCUGAAGACAAUUCUUACAUUGGUCAGUACGGCGUUGUUCCCGGAUGGGGUCGUCAGUCCGAGGACGGUGAGUCCAGUGACGUUGUUCGGGAGGUUCGCGUUCCCAUCAUGAGCAACGAUGACUGCAGGAACAAGAAGUACAAACCUAACGAGAUUAAAGACACCAUGAUGUGUGCCGGGUACGAUGCUGGGAAGAUUGAUGCCUGUCAGGGAGACAGUGGCGGUCCUCUUUUGCUUGAAAGGCCCGGAGGAAGUCAAUUCGACAUUAUUGGAAUUGUCUCCUGGGGCCAAGGAUGCGCUAGACCCGGUUUCCCAGGAGUCUACACCCGAAUCCAGAGCUACAGAGAUUUUAUAGACACCAAAAUCUCCUCAGGCUGCUUCUGCCCCCUUUAAAAAGCGGCGGCGAUCGGCAUUCUUUGUAGCCUUUACCUCCGUAACUGUUCCCAGCGUCACGGGAACGUUGAAGGUAGAUGAAUAAACGUUCGGAUGUGAUUUCAGCUUAUUCCUCAGGAUGUUGGGGCAUUUACGAGUGACGUGCAUUUCAAGAUGUUCAGCAAUGAUCAGUUACGAAAGUGUUCUUUAUUGACUUUUCCACUCACCUAACUAUGCAUUUCAGCUACACUUGCACUUUUUUUCGUCGGUGACCGAAGCAAUAAAGUCGUGUGGUACUAUUAAAUGUACUUACACUUGCAGUUUAGAAUUAAUAGCUUAUGAGGUCAUUAUGUGUACAUAGUAAUUUAUUUAUUUUCCUUGUACUAAUGUAGCACUAUAUAUAUCAAAACUAAUUAUGCUUAAUGAAUAAAAGAAAAUUGAAU